AAUCUCAGCAACGUCAACCACCACUGUCGCCAUAUUCAGGGCAUCUUCAGUCUUGGCUCAGUCUAUUGCUGCGCUGAAUAAGGAAGAACGAAAGAGGGUACCAAGCAGUAAGGAGCUUCGAUCUAUGGUUAGACAGCCAAACAUCAGCAGUCCCGAUAUGAGAAACUUUAGGCUUUUGCGAAGAGGGAGCCCAAGUCUUAUCUUUUCACAAGCUUCUAACGAUGAAUUCAUAUUAAAGAGUCUGAUCGUGUCUGAACUCACUGCAGGAAGCGAACCUAUCUUGACACAGCAAAUUGCGCAAUAUCUCAAAAACAAAGCCCUUCACAGAUUUCGUCUUUGCAUGCCCGAUGAGAAAGAUAUCAGAAGAGUAGAAGUAUAUAGGGAUAAUCCU